CCACUCCAUACGCCGUGAAUAUUUUGUGGAUAUGCCCCUCUUAGUGUUUAAGUUCACAGAAAACAAAACCCACUGUGGGCAUGUCACUGACACCGGUUGCAAGCCUGAUUAUACCGCUGCUUUUGAAAGCGAUUGGGACCCUGAUGGCACCACGCUCUGGCCAUACAUUCAAUUUGCUGGUGAAAAAGCGUCUGGAGGAAAGUCCAGGGACUCUCAGGAGAAGCAGGCCAUCUCAUACUUACACUACCUCCUUCUGGCAAGACCUGAACUCUACGUUGCACAAGGGUUACUUGCCUCCAACAAGAGCCUCUUGUUUCUUUUUGGAAUCGGAGGUGAUGGCAUACGCAGUUUUGAACUUGGCUGGGGUGAUGAGCAUCUUCCCCAGUUAAUGUUUGCCAUGAUCUAUCGCCUUUACAAGCCGGGUCACUUUGUGGAUGUGAAGUAUACAAAGUGCCCUAGGGUGGACAAUUUUGUUCCAUAUACCGUGCAUAUCCCUGGGGAGGACACGAUAAUAUGCCACAAUUUCCUUCCUAUCUCUGCCAGCAACCCAUUUCAGACCCGCACACACGUCCUCUCAAAUCCAAAUUCCGAAGUCAUGGUCCAAGGCAAGCCCUUGAAAGUACUUAAAGACCAACUAUGCCGAGUUGGAACUAGGUUCAACGAACACAUGAUCCUCUCCAUGAUAGGGAGCGUGCCUGGAGUAGUUGAAAUGGUAUACCACCGUGUGUUUGACAUCCCUCUACCUCUUAGUAGCUCCAGAAGAAAAUACCUCACGGGGCUGCAUCAAUUUGGAAAACCUUUCACAAGCAUUCCUACUCUGCAGGCGAUGUUGGAGGCUGCGUACGAUAUCCUGGAAGUGUUGCGGUAUUUGCGUUUUGAACUCCAAAUCCUUCAUCGUGACAUCAGCAAGGGAAAUGUUCUUUAUAAUGAUCCUAUACCUUCGACAACUAGUAUGCCGCAUACCGACUCUAUUGGGGAAAGCAACGCAGGUUUGCCCCUUUGCUUCAUCAAGUACCUCCUUGAUGAGAGCCGUGAUCCCUGCAAAACAUCAGCACUCCUCAUCGAUUUCAACCAUGGUGAGGACCUAACAAGUAAACAAAGUUUUGAGCAUAAACGAAUUGAUCGAACGGGUACCCCUGUCUUUAUAGCCCGUGCUGUUCAACUUGGACAACCAGUGCCCCUCUGUAUUCCCACCAUUCUCCCUGCAGUACCAGACAGUCCUGAACCCUACACUCGGGCCCACCCAGACCGCGUUGCGAAAUUCCCGCCCACACUGGCAAAACUGCUCAUUGACCACCCGGCUCGUCAUGACAAUUCCAAAUGGAGGCAUGAACUUGAUCAUGACGCGGAGUCUGUAUGGUGGUUGUUAUUUUACUGGACGGUAACUGCACAACCCAAGGGAGCAGAGCACGAACCCAUCGCUCGAGGUAUUUGGUCACUUUUAACAGGGGACGACCAACGAGGUCUGCUGAUUGGUGCCCUGGCUCUUGGGCAAGGGCCGCUGGGCAAUGGCACUGGGACCGGCAUCCACUCUCUCUACUACAAAUCGCUGUGGCCUUUGUUUGUUAGGCUCGCCAAUAUUCUUGCCGUUGACAGAUAUUGGCUAGAGGGGUCCGAAACGCAAAAUUCACCUGAAUAUAUUAGCGAGGCAUUCCAACGCUUAAUCCUCCAAUUCAUCCUCGACAACCGUGAGGCGGAUUUCAUGGUAUGCCAAGUUGAAGAGCGCCCUCGUCGAGUUCAGAAGGCUUCGCAAGAGCCGCACCACUCCUUUACAAACAGUCAGAGGAAACAUGUUGAGAUCAGCAAAUGCUCAUCCUCCCUUCCCUCGAUCCAGGAGGAGCCUAUCAUGCGACCUGCCAAGGAGGAAAUGGAGGUACGUUAUUAA